CGACGCUUCUUCAAUCCACGCCCGAACCAUCACCAUUCAAUCCAAGCUACACCACCGACAUGGCCGAACGCAAAGGUGCAUACGGCACCUCCACCAGCGACACCUCCUUUCGCCGAACAUGGGAUCGAGAAGAAUACGCCGCCAAAGCCGAGGAGCGCGAGAGAAAAAGCCGCGAGGAGGGCAAAGCCAGGCAUGAAGCAGCACUCGCCGGGAAGAAGUUUCACCGUCGCGCCUCCACACCAGAAGACUCCCGCGAUACCGAAGCCCGACAAGCGCGGCUCAAUGUCGCCGAUCAAGUGGGCAAGACGUCACUGGUGCCCGCCGGCGCAGGGCAGGGAAAGAGAGGCAAAGGCGCGGGUUUCUACUGCGAUGCCUGCGAUUUGACGUACAAGGACAAUCUGCAGUUUGUGGAGCAUUUGAACAGCAAGCAGCAUCUCAUCAAUACAGGGGAGAGUGGAGAGGUGCGGAGAGCCACGUUGGAGGAGGUGAAGGAUCGGUUUGAGUGGUUGAAGCGGAAGAGGGAAGAUGAGAAGGCGAGGGAGGUGGUGGACUUGUCGGCGAGGAUUGAGGUGGCCCGAGAGCAAGAGGAGAGGGAGAGGGAGGAGAGGAGGCGGAAACGGAAUGAGAAGAGGCGGAAGACCAAGGAUGGGUUGGGUGUGCAGGAUGCGAGAGUGGAGGAUGAUGGGGUGAUACGUUGAUGUGCUGCAGGUGCCUCUUGUGAUUUUAUAGCAAGGCGUUGGGGCAUGAUACCCAGGGAAGUGAUUGUGGAUUGAGAAUAUACCGAUUGGCUGUUCAGAC